AUGAGCGACGAGACAACAGAGACUUUUAAGAAAAGAAUAAACAAUGCAAUAAAUACAAUAGGAAACAUAUUUGGGUAUGAAGCAAAACUAAAGGGAGGAAACACAGUAAUUAUUAGAUCUCUUUAUGCGUUUGAUGAAGAUGAUGUUUUCAUUCUUAUAAUAAGCGAGGAGGGCAUUCGCCUGGAAAGAAAUGCAUAUUUAAAGAAAUUUGAGAAAGAGAAAAAGCUGUAUUUAGACCACGGGAAGUCCAUAGGUGCUUUUCUAUCUGCUGUCACUCUUUCUUUAUUUGAGCAAAAUACAUUCCAAUAA